AUGGGUCUUACUAACACGGCUCACAAGAUCGAAAAAGAAGCAGAAAACACACCAAAUUCCGGUAAGGUGGAGUGGUUCUUGCAAGGGACACUAUACCCUGAUGUCUCAACGAAGUCGUGCAAGAAGCGGACACCAGCUAAGGAGAUAGCCCAUCACAACACUGGGGGUUUGCCCGAGCGAAUGAUGAAUGGCAAAGGCUUACGUCUUAUCGAGCCGCUCAGACUUUUAUUCAAAGAUGAAGUGAGGGCAAUUGGUCGGCAACUCGGCAUACACGUGUCGCUGGUAAACAGGCACCCAUUCCCCGGACCGGGAAUUGCCAUCAGGAUUCUUGGCGACGUUACCAAGGAGCGAGUUGAGAUCGCCCGCAAGGCUGACAAUAUCUUCAUCAACAUGAUCAAGGAGGCUGGCCAUUACGACCAGAUGUCCCAAGCCUUUGCUGGUCUUGAUACUAGCCGUAGUGUUGGUGUUUUUGGUGAUACGCGCGUUUGGGGUUACGUCGUAAUCCUCCGCGCUGUUCAUACCAAAGACUUCAUGAGCGCUGAGGUGUUUAACUUUGACAACUCCUUCCUCCAGGAUGUCUCGCGUGCCAUUUGCAAUCAGAACUUCAAAGCCUCCUGGCACGAUUGA